GGGAUCGCCCCGCCGCCGACCAGAGCGGCAACCGCGGCCGGGGAGCGGAGCGGGCGCGACGCGGACCUGCCGGAGCCCCUUUCUUCUUCCUCCACCUCCUCCUCCUCCUCGCAGCCCCGCGGCAUGGCCCGGCGCGAAGCGGCGGCCGCCCCCGGCCUCUGCCUCUUGCUCCUGCUGCUGCUCCGCAGCGGGGGGCUCCCCCCCCCCGCCGCCGCGCAGCUCCCGCCGCCGCAGCAGCGCGGGAGCGUGUGGUGCCCCAGCCGCUGCCUCUGCUUCCGCACCACGGUGCGCUGCAUGCAUCUGAUGCUGGAGACCGUCCCCGCCGUGUCCCCCCAGACCACCAUCCUAGACCUGAGAUUUAAUAGGAUUAAAGAAAUCCAGCCUGGAGAGUUUAGACGGCUUAAAAAUCUGAACACACUGCUUCUAAACAACAAUCAAAUCAAAAGAAUACCUAGUGGGGCAUUUGAAGACCUUGAAAAUCUGAAAUAUCUCUAUUUGUACAAGAAUGAAAUCCAGUCAAUUGACAGGCAAGCAUUUAAAGGACUUGCCUCUCUAGAACAACUGUAUCUGCACUUUAACCAAAUAGAAACAUUGGAACCUGAAUCCUUUACCCAUCUUCCAAAACUUGAAAGGCUAUUUUUGCAUAACAACAGAAUAGCUCAUUUGAUUCCUGGAACGUUUAGUCACUUAGAAUCUAUGAAGAGACUGCGUUUGGAUUCAAACGCUCUUCACUGUGACUGUGAAAUCCUGUGGCUGGCGGAGCUGCUGAAGACAUAUGCAGAGUCGGGUAAUGCUCAAGCAGCAGCUACCUGUGAGUAUCCACGAAGGAUCCAGGGAAGAUCAGUGGCCACGAUAACACCAGAAGAACUUAACUGUGAGAGGCCAAGAAUUACAUCAGAGCCUCAGGAUGUGGACGUUACCUCAGGGAAUACAGUGUACUUCACUUGCAGAGCUGAAGGCAAUCCUAAACCAGAAAUUAUCUGGCUUCGAAACAAUAAUGAGCUCAGUAUGAAAGAAGAUUCCCGUCUAAACUUGCUAGAUGAUGGCACGUUAAUGAUUCAGAAUACUCAAGAAACAGACCAAGGCAUUUACCAGUGCAUGGCAAAAAAUGUGGCUGGAGAAGUGAAAACUCAGGAAGUUACUCUUAGAUAUUUUGAGUCACCAGCCCGGCCAAGUUUUGUGAUUCACCCUCAAAAUACCGAAGUGCUAGUUGGAGAGAGCGUUACCCUGGAAUGCAGCGCAACCGGGCACCCUCAGCCGCGAAUUACCUGGACCAAAGGUGACAGAACCCCUUUACCAAGUGACCCUCGUAUCACAAUAACUCCAUCAGGAGGACUUUACAUACAAAAUGUGAAGCAGGAGGACAGUGGCGAGUAUACCUGUUUUGCAACUAACAGCAUAGAUAAUAUCCAUGCGACUGCAUACAUCAUAGUCCAAGCUCUACCUCAGUUUACUGUCACUCCUCAAGACAAAACAGUGAUUGAAGGACAAACUGUUGACUUCCCUUGUGAAGCGCAAGGCUAUCCCCAGCCUGUUAUUGCCUGGACUAAAGGAGGAGGCCAGUUGUCUGUUGACAGAAGACACUUAGUUCUAUCCUCUGGAACCCUAAGGAUUUCUAGGGUUGCUCUGCAUGACCAAGGACAGUAUGAAUGCCAAGCUGUCAACAUUAUCGGAUCUCAACGAAUUGUUGUAUACCUGACUGUACAGCCUAGAGUGACUCCUGUAUUUGCCAGCGUUCCCAGUGACAUGACAGUGGAGGUUGGCACAAAUGUGCAGAUCCCAUGCAGUGCUCAAGGAGAGCCGGAGCCAGUAAUUACAUGGAAUAAGGAUGGAGUACAGGUAACUGAGAGCGGAAAAUUUCAUGUUAGUCCAGAGGGGUUUCUUACCAUUCGCGAUGUUGGAACAGCUGAUGAAGGUCGAUAUGAAUGUGUUGCCCGGAAUACCAUAGGAUACUCCUCUGUUAGUAUGGUGCUUAGUGUUAAUGUUCCUAAUGUCAGCCGAAAUGGAGAUCCUUUUGUACAAACAUCAAUUGUGGAAGCAAUUGCUACUGUUGACAGAGCAAUAAAUUCAACACGUACACAUCUGUUUGACAGUCGUCCUCGUUCUCCAAAUGAUUUGCUAGCCUUAUUUCGAUACCCAAGGGAUCCAUACACUGUUGAGCAAGCAAGAGCUGGGGAAAUAUUUGAAAGGACAUUACAGCUUAUUCAAGAUCAUGUACAAGAUGGUUUAAUGGUUGACCUGAAUGGAACAAGUUAUCAUUAUAAUGACCUUGUAUCCCCACAGUACCUGAAUCUGAUAGCUAAUCUCUCAGGUUGUACAGCCCAUCGACGAGUGAACAAUUGCUCAGAUAUGUGCUUCCACCAGAAGUACAGGACACACGAUGGAACCUGCAACAAUCUUCAGCAUCCCAUGUGGGGCGCUUCUCUGACAGCCUUUGAACGUCUGUUAAAGUCAGUCUAUGAAAAUGGAUUUAAUUUGCCUCGGGGAAUUGAACCCAAGAGGCUCUCUAAUGGCUAUGCACUCCCAAUGCCUCGCUUGGUUUCAACUACUCUGAUCGGAACAGAAACAAUAACUCCUGAUGACCAAUACACUCACAUGCUUAUGCAGUGGGGACAGUUUCUUGACCAUGACCUUGACCUCACAGUGGCUGCCCUAAGUGAGGCCAGGUUUUCGGAUGGUCAGCAUUGCAGUUCAGUUUGUACAAAUGAUCCUCCAUGCUUUUCAAUCAUGAUACCACCAAAUGAUCCCAGAGUUCGAAAUGGUGCACGCUGCAUGUUUUUCGUGCGCUCCAGUCCGGUUUGUGGAAGUGGCAUGACAUCUCUCCUGAUGAAUUCUGUGUACCCACGAGAACAGAUCAACCAGCUGACUUCAUACAUCGAUGCAUCCAAUGUGUAUGGCAGUUCGGACCAUGAAGCACUAGAAAUCAGAGACUUAGCGAGUCAAAGGGGUCUUCUGAGACAGGGAAUUGUACAGAGAUCUGGCAAGCCCCUUCUUCCAUUCGCUACUGGCCCACCAACAGAAUGUAUGAGAGAUGAAAAUGAGAGCCCCAUUCCCUGCUUUUUAGCUGGUGAUCAGCGUUCUAAUGAACAGCUGGGUCUUACCAGCAUCCACACAUUGUGGUUUAGAGAACACAACAGAAUUGCCACAGAGCUACUGAAACUCAAUCCACACUGGGAUGGUGACACAAUAUAUCAUGAAACACGCAAAAUUGUUGGUGCAGAAAUGCAACACAUAACAUUUAGCCACUGGCUACCUAAGAUCUUUGGAGAGGUAGGCAUGAAGAUGCUUGGCGAAUAUAAGGGUUAUGAUCCCAGUGUUAAUUCUGGCAUAACUAAUGAGUUUGCAACUGCCGCUUUUAGGUUUGGUCACACACUCAUUAAUCCUUUUCUGUAUCGACUGGAUGAAAACUUUGAACCUAUUCCACAAGGCCAUCUACCUCUUCAUAAGGCAUUCUUCUCUCCAUUUCGGAUUGUAAAUGAAGGAGGCAUUGAUCCACUUCUAAGGGGAUUGUUUGGUGUUGCUGGUAAGAUGCGUGUCCCAUCACAAUUACUCAAUACAGAAUUAACAGAGAGACUCUUCUCCAUGGCACGUACUGUGGCUUUAGAUCUGGCAGCUAUGAAUAUUCAGAGAGGCAGAGAUCAUGGAAUUCCUCCCUACCAUGAUUUUAGAGUUUACUGUAAUCUUUCUUCAGCUCAGACUUUUGAAGAUCUGAAAAAUGAAAUUAAGAAUCCUGAAAUCAGGGAGAAACUUAGCAGGUUGUAUGGUUCCCCACUGAACAUAGACCUAUUUCCUGCUCUAAUGGUAGAAGAUUUAGUUCCAGGGAGCCGACUGGGGCCGACUUUGAUGUGUCUGCUAAGCACACAGUUUAGGCGUAUUCGGAAUGGAGACAGGUUAUGGUAUGAGAACCCAGGUGUGUUCACUCCAGCUCAGCUCACUCAGAUCAAGCAGACAUCUCUUGCCAGAGUUUUGUGUGACAAUGGUGACAACAUAACCAGGGUACAACAUGAUGUCUUUAAGGUAGCUGAAUUCCCACAUGGAUAUAGUACCUGUGAAGAUAUACCUAAACUGGACCUCAGGAUGUGGCAAGAUUGCUGUGAAGACUGUAGAACUAGAGGACAAUUUAAUGCAUUUUCAUAUCACUUUCGGGGAAGACGUUCUCUUGAUUACAGCUUUCAGGAGGACAAGCCCUUAAAGAAAAUUAAAAUGUCCAAAACAGUAAGUUCUGUGAAACAGAAUAAAUAUUUUCAUAAUGCUACAUCAGCAUCUAAUGAAAAUACAAACAUGCCCGCAGUGAAUGACUUCAAAGAAUUUGUUUUGGAAAUGCAAAAAACUAUUUCAAGCCUCAGAAACCAGAUAAAAAAACUUGAAUCACGCCUCAGUAAAACUGAUUGCACUGAUGAAAAGGGCAAAUCAUAUUCCAGUAAUGAAACCUGGAAAAGGGACCCUUGUACUGUGUGUGAAUGCAAAGUUGGUCAGAUUACCUGUUUUGUAGAAUCAUGUCCACCGGCUGACUGCGAAGAACCUAUGAAGGUUAAAGGAGAUUGCUGUCCAGUCUGCUUAAAACAAAAUAUUAAUAAAAAGAAGCCAUAAGUCUGCUUUUUAAGAAUUUAAGGUGCAUACUCCUCAGAUCAUAUCAAUGCCUGCUGAUGGCAAAACCAGGUAACUACAGUCUUAAUAACAACAGCAAGAAAUCAAGAUUUACAAUAUUCUAAUGGUGCUGUAACAGUGUAAUAUAAUGUAUCAUUUUAUUUUCUGCCCAUUAAGGUAAUCACAAUGCAAAAAUUAAUGAAAGGGAAAUUAACAAACAGGUCAAAGUUAAUUGUGUGUUAAACUUCUCAGGUUAGACAAACUCAAACUGGUGCUACUUCAAAAGAACACUGUCAGGUAGUUUUAAGUACUGAAAAUGACUGGGCUUAAAACUUACUCUAAAAUGAACACUUUGUUUUCUAACUUUAAUUAGCAACUUUAAAAGUUUACUAUCCCUUCUCAGUACCAGUCUGACAUGAUAUUUAGGUCUUUGUUAUUAUUUAGUAAAUGCAGGGAAAAGGAAAACACAAGGUCACUGUGGCCAAAGCAAUGCCAUAGAGGUCCACUUUCUGUAAACACCUAUGCAUGGUAAUUCUGUUGAUUCACACUAUAAUUUCUAUGUCUGAACCAACAAGGAAAUAAAAAAAAAAAAAAACCUACAUGACUCCUUUCAACAUCCUUUCAUUAAUUCAAGGAGCAAAAUUAAUCAAAAUUUUCAAAGUAAAAAAGCUAAAAUUAGUAAGAAAAUGUAAAUGUAAUUGGAAGAUACAAAAAGCAACUGAAUGUAUAUUACAGAUGUAAUUGACAGUGUUCCUCAUUCUAGGAAAGCAUACAUGACAAAGUAGCCUUUGAUCUUAAAAUUAAUAUAAUCCUUUUUGUCAAAACAUAUGUAAUUGCUUGGCAACUCUUGUUUUUUUUUUUCAUUUAUUUCAAAUCAUUGUAACAUGAACAUCCAGUCCAGUCUUAAAGCAUGCUUCUCUUGAUCUCAGAUCAGCUCACUUAUUUGUGUGGCCCUGUUUUCAAAAUGUGAAAAGAUGUCACAUGCCAUUUUGUAUACAAAGAUUCCUACUGAUUCAUUGUGCAUAUUGUCAAUAGACAUAUGUUCCUGAUUAUAUGGUGGCACUGUUUUUUGAAAAAAAGAGCAAUCAAAAUCAAGCAUCAUGAUUAAUUGUGGAUUGACUACUUUUUCUGACAAGGUAUUUGAUUUUUUUAGUUUUUUUUUCCAGUUUCAUCUAAUGCAUAUAUAUUUUUACCUCAAUAUUUUUAUCAUUCAUGUUAAAAAUGGUCUACCAACGGACUUUAUUUCCCAUUUAAUAAAUGUUUAAUGUUAUAGAGUAUAUGUCUACACUAGCAUUUCAAAGUUGUGUACUUUUUAGAAUACAAACUGCAUAUUUUUGACCAGGAAUUAUAUAUUAUAUUCAGUGAAGAACAACUAUCAUACCUCAUUUUACAGCUUUUUUUGUGUUUAUUCAGAAUUGAUUCUUUCCCUGAAUACUUAAGUUAAAGUUUAUGACUCUGUCCUAAAGUCCUAAGUCAGGUCUAACUAGAACCAGAGUUCUUUAGUUACAUAGUUCACUGACUUCCAAGUUUAUUGUUCAUAUUUAGGAAAUAGAGAUUUGGGAAUCAAAGAAAUCUGCACAAAAUUGAACAUUCUCAUCUUAAACAUUUCAGAUUAUGCAAACAGACUGAAUAUUUAAUUAUUACAUGGUAGAUCAAAUACCUGUCUAAUAACUAACCUAGCACAGCAAUAUGAGUUCCACUAUAAUAUUUUGGCACAUAAUUUAUCUGAUUACUAACAUUAAUAAUUUCUAAUUUGAUAAACUGAUACUGUGACACACAUUCAAACUUUGGUGUAUCUUUAAAGCUUACUACAGAAACUUGUUUCAUACUAUGGUAGGAGCAAUAUGUACAUGUGAGUGGUGUGUUAAAAGUGUGUGGUAGAGGUACACAUGGAACUACAGUUUAUAUUUUUAAGAAUAUUUUAAUUGAUUUUAUAUACAGUGUUUUGACUUAUGUAAUUUUCUAUGUUAAUACUUGUAGAAAUUGUGUGUGGCGAGCAUGUUUGAGUAUCAUAUGGUUCCUAGAGGUUGUCAUUCCUGUAUUUCUUUGAUACUCUGGUAUUUUGUUGACUUUUGUUGAGAGUCCAAACCACAUGUCUCGUCCUGUAAUUCCAACUCAGAUGGAACUCCCACUGACCUAUAGCAGGAAUUCCUCAAAGAAGAAGGACUGCAGAGCUAAACCAAAUAUUAUUUAACUGUCCAAACAGUUAAAUAAGGCAGUAAUACAUCCAGCUGGUUACUACUUGCAUUCUUUUAUUCCAAUUUUAUAUUAAAUAAACUUUCUCAAGAUUUCCGCUUAUAGGAGAAGAGAGUUUCCAUUUAUACAUUAUUAAAUAGUACCUUAUAUCUGAUUGUUCCUUUUCUCCAGCCUCCAGAGUAAAGUGGGAGGUUUUCUUUGUUGUUCACUGUUUAUUCAUAUGGUAUAUAAAACGGGCCUAGGAGUCUGGAUAUGCUUAAACAAGUGUAAUAUUGAGUUAUUUUUCUCCAUCCAUCUGCUUAUAAACCAUUCAGGAAAAACAGAUCUUUAUCCACAGUUUAAAAUGUAAUCAGUCAUGGCUUGUACUAACUCAGUUUUAUUGCAGUGUCUGCAGAAUCAGCAUUGAUUUUAACAUUUCUGAAACAGUGGCCAAUGGCUAGAUGACCAUUUCCUCAGUAUCCACUGUGAGAAUAUUGCUGUAAUAUGUUGCAAAUUUUACAUAUUUAUUUUCUUUUUUAAUGUUACCUAAAACAAAGUCUUUGUUGUUUUUAUUUUAAUCAGUAAAUUUACCAAAGAACUGUUUGCACUGUAUAAUGAAUGCUUUUCAGUUAAAAUAAAAUGGGCCACAUUUCCAAGUAAA